AUGAUUUAUGGGUCUUCCAUCGGUAAUAACAAUGGUAAUAGUGGCAACAUUGGUGGUAGUGGUGGUGGUGGUGGUGGUGGUGGUGCUAAGGUGAUGACUAUGGUAGUGGCAUUGAUAAACCCGGCAACAUGGAUGAUGGAAGUUACCACACAAGCGGAGGAGGAGCUUCUAGGUGUUAAAUUUGCUGAUGUAUAUAAGAAUUCAGAUCUUUUUUGGAGAAACAAGGCCUUGAUCGAGGAGUUGCAUACACCACCACCUUAUUCAAAAGAUCUCAACUUCCCCAAGUACUCUCAACCAUUUCUUACUCAAUGCAAAGCAUGCCUAUGGAGACAACACAAGUCCUAUUGGCGAAACACGUCAUAUAACUCUGUCCGACUUUUAUAUGGAGUUUUAACAGGCUUCAUGCUUGGAAUUGUGUUCCGGGGACUCGGUUCAAGAAGGUAUAGCGAACAGGAUGUUCUCAACGGGGUGGGUUCAAUGUACACGACCAUAAUGUUCUUGGCAACAAAUGCUUGUGUUUCAGUGCUCCCAGUCAUAACCGCUGAUCGAGUAGUCUUUUACAGAGAGAGAGCUGCAGAGGCAUACUCUGCAUUUCCUUACGCAAUUGCACAGGUUGCAAUUGAAAUCCCAUAUACAUUGGCUCAAACUCUUGUUUAUGGGAUCAUAGUCUAUGCGAUGAUCGGAUUUGAAUUGAGCUCAACCAAGUUCUUCCUAUACUUGUUCUUUUUCUUCUUCACAUUCCUGUACUGCACAUAUUUUGGAAUGAUGGUGGUAGCCAUAAGUCCUAAUCAAGAAAUUUCCGCGACAUUGUGUAGUGCCAAUUUUACCUUGUGGAAUCUCUUCUCGGGUUUUCUAAUUCCUCCAGCAAGGAUUCCAACGUGGUGGAAGUGGUAUGAAUGGGUGUGUCCUUUUUCAUGGAGUCUAUAUGGAUUGGCUUGUUCACAGUAUGGAGAUAUUCAGUCUAUGCUCAACAAUGGAGAGACUGUGGCUGAGUUCAUAACAAGGUAUUUUGGGUACAAAAACAACUUCUUGAAAAUUAUUUCUAUCGGCACAAUCGGGUUUGCAGUGAUCUUUGCCUGCAUAUUUGCUGUCUCUAUUUCGACCUUAAAUUUUCAGAAAAGAUGAAUAAGUUUACAAGGAAAGUCUGUAAAACUCAUAAACCUAUUGUUUUUACAUGAUGUUCAAACUAUGUGCUAAACAAAGUUCAUACAGAGAAGAGAACCAACCACAAUUCAAUAUAUGGUUGUUACAAGAGUUAUGAUUGUAUGGUAUGGUUAUAUGAAAUAGAUCGUCUAGGUUUUAAUAUAUCUUGCUUUUUCUAAGUCAUGUUGCAUUUUAUUUGGCCAUGAUUGUCU